UAGCUUUAGGGGGUUUAGACAUCCAUUGCACCUGUUCAACCUCUAAGCGGAAGAAAAAUCACUUAACGGCGGCUUUCAUCCACCUCCAACAAAGAAAGCAGUGAAAUUUCCAUGUUGAGAACCAAUGGAAUCAACUCAAGAUAUUGAGCUUAUCAAUCAGGCAAUCCAGAAACUCUUAGAAGGUACCACAGUAAAAGAUAUCUCUGAAAACGGUAAUGACCACCUCCUCUCCAGAUUGUUCUCUCAGUUAGAAUCAUUAAAAGAAAAUAACACCCUGAAGCAAUAUGAAGUUGAGGAGUUAAAUUUUCCGAGGGCUGAAGGUGAUAAAGCAGAGGCAAAAAGUGAAAAUGGCAGUGGAUGUGGGGGAAUGGGUGUUGAAGAAUUGGUGAAAGAGCUUAAAGCAAUAAAGAAGCAGAAUACCAUAACCCAUGGCCUUCUUUCGGUGAUGAUUGUCGUCACUUUGUUCUGGCAAGUCUCUGAAGCAUCACUCCUUCUCCAGGUUAAAAAUGGUCUCACUCACCCUUUUAAAUCUGUUGGAAGUUGGCUUGUUACACUGCUCAAAGGUCGAACCAAACCUACACAACAACAUUAUAAUCACCUUGUUGAUGCUUCAGCUUCACCUCCCUCUCUUCAACUUCCCGAGUUCCCACAUCUGGGAUCCAGCGGUGAAGGACACUGAGUGGGAGCCAUCCAAGGUUUUACCAAUCAUAGUUUUUGUUUAUUCUGUUCAAAAAUGAGUAGCAAAGUAUCCAAAAUAAUAAUUUUAUUUAGGAUUCCAUCUAUUAUAAUCAAUCAAUAAUCCAAAUUCUACUC